GACUGAAAGCGUCUUGACAUACAUAGAAUUUGCCUACCAUACACAGAUGUGGGAACGCUGUAGCUGUCAUCCAGAUCUUGACUCGAUAAAUUAUUUUACCUAUUGGUUCAGGGUGUUUUUAUCUCUCAACUUCAGUGGAUAAAUUCUGAGAAAGUGACAAUUUCAUUAUUUUUCUCUUGGAUACAUUUACGUGAGAAAAAUACGCGGCUGUCAGCUAUUGUUCGAAGAGGAUAACUAUUUUCGGAACACAGUAUUGGACAAAGUAGCUGUAGUUGCCCUCCGAACUUUGAGCGUGUUUAUGAAAAGAAGUGCCAGUGAUGGGUAUGACGACCACACUUGAUCCUAACUGAGGGAAUACAUUGGAGUAAAAGUUCGCCUACCAUGAAUACUCAAUUCUGUCUUCUGCUCUUCUUGCUUGGCACCGGAUAUAGCUUAGGUGCAAAAUUCUCGAGCAAGUGCUUCAGCGACGCAGACUGUCCUGAACAUGCAGAAUGUUUGAUCCGGGGCUGUGAAGGCAGUAUAUGUCUAUGUAAACUUAAUUACAUCCCGACAGAUGAUUACUCCAAGUGUAUCAGAGUUGCGGAAAUAGGUGAAAAAUGCGAUGAAACAACCCGAUGCCGUGGGAUAAGGAGUCGCUGUGCCGCCAAUGGAAUCUGUCAGUGCCAGAGUGGAUACACACCUACACAACGAGACCCCUCUGACCCAUUGGGGAAUCAGACAUUGUGUAAAAAGGCGUUAACGGACUGGUCCUACGCCCUCCUUGGGGAGAAAUGUAGUCCACCCACGAUCGAGUGCGAGGAGACGGACACGCACUGUAUCAAGGACAUGUGUAUCUGUAAGGAAAACUUCCGCGAAGCCACCAAACAGGAACAAAACGCAUAUCCUUUUAAUUUCUUUCAGUGCGUCAAGAACAAUUUUAGAUUGAAUGUGUCUGUAUCACAGAGCGAAUGCAGUCUAUAUCCAGCUCCUGCCCAUCCUACGGUGAAUACACAGGUAUUGGCAACGACGACCACAUCGCCAUUAUCAACCAUCAACGGCUUAACUUCCGGAUUGUUGAUAGCGUCACAAACGGCCACGGCGUCCAUUUUUACUCCAUCCACAUCAGCUUUAAAGCAAACUAUGUCAUCAGAGUCAUUUGUAAGUUUGACAAACAUGUCAUCCUCAUUAUCGGCUCCAUUCAAUACGGAAGCUACCUUAUCAAGCGUUAUGCCGACCUCGUCGAGUUUAACCUCGCCAACGACAGGUGAAUUUCACACCGAUGUUACGACAUCAACUACAGGUGGAAUUGAUUUGUUUGCAAGUACGCAAGGGACAACCACAUCACGCACACUAGAUCUUUCGCCAAGUUUGGAAAUUUCUUUAUCACACACAUCGUUGUUUACACCAAGUUUAAACAGUAAACAGAUACUAUCAUCGCCGGUGGUAGCCGCAACGCCGAUCCGGAUCACACUAUCUUCGUCAAUAGUUGCAGUCCAAACUUCAAUUGCUAUUAAAACGAGUAAUUUACAAACAGUCUCGUCGCGGACAUCUGCUCAUCCGCUGGACACCUCAUUAUGGGCAUCAGCGUAUCCUCUUGGUUCCUCGGGACUAGUGACAUCUCUAGAAAAUACUACUCCUCUAAAAUCAUCAGAAUAUAUUCACGUAUCGACGGAGAUCCAGCAGAGUACUGCAGCUGUCACUGGUAUCCAUAGUAACACAGUGGCAAACGUUGCUACGAACACGCCUACCAGUGUGAUAAUGAGCCAAUCGAACCAAGUGAUGACAUCGUCUGUUAGUUUGCAUCCUACACCUUCUUCCAACCAUAAUCUGUCUUCUAAAGCGCCCUCUACACCGGGGACAACUGUUAUUUCUACGACCCCAAUUGUCGGGUUCAUUGGCCAAAGAUGUCUGAAGGGUCACGUGUGUCCUUCACAUUCCAUUUGUGAGCUUGACCUCUGUGGUGUAAACAGAUGUCGCUGUUUACCGGGUUUUAUUGUCCACAAUGGUGGGAUAGAGUGCAUACCACUUUCUGCACUUGGGUCCGUUUGCGUAUCAGAUGCACAGUGUAUUGGACCAAACACAAAAUGCCAUAACAACGCAUGUACUUGUCAAUCCAACUAUAUCCUAAACAACGACAAAACGCGCUGUAAACGAGAUACUGAGUGGUUUGUGGCCUUCCCACUACUUCAUGGGAAAUGUAGGAACUUCUUUGCGGAUUGUUAUAAUGACUUUGAACAAGAGUGCUCCACCGGAAGAUGCAAAUGUAAACUUGGUUUAAGGGAAGCUUCCCUGAAUGACAUUUACGAUAAACAUAAAAGCUACUCACAGUGCCGAAACUCCACACUUCCAACAGACUUCCGGUCCCAGGCUAGUUGUGACGGGGACUUGAUACAAGAAGAACCGGACCCUACGUCAGAGGAAGCAGAACGUAAAAUCAAAGUCAUGAAGGGAGCCAUCAUUGGCGGUAUCUGUGGUUUUGUGUUCCUUCUAGCGUCAGCAGUAACGAUCAUACUGUUGGUACGGCACAAACGAAGAACGAAAAUUCGCCAUAUAAGGACAGACACGACAUCUCUGAACUCCUUUGAUCGAAGGUCAAGCGGGAAGUAUUCAUUCCGACUACCUCGGCCUUUUGCAUUUGAUCUUGGCAAGGACAAGGAGUGGGAGGCUGAGCAUCUCUCGGUCCAUAACUCAGAGUUUGAACCAACGACAGACAACGAUACGGUUCUUACGUUAAAGGACACUGAUGGCCCAUCGAUGAAUGGGACUUUUUCAAACCCCAUAGAUGUAUCUGACAGUCCUAUACAGGGAACAAGAUGACACUAAUAUCAGUGUAUGUUCAUAUUUCUUAAAGACUUUGUUUCAAAGACAUUCGCUUUUUCCAAGCAUUUAUUUUUUAUUUUUUAUUUUUUUUCCGGAAAGAAGGUUUAUCCUGUCUCCUACGUUUGGAUUCUCGACGUUAACACCUGCAGAAAGUUAUGUUCAUGCGGAUUGAGUUUGCAUAUAAUUCGUCCUUUCUGUAUCAAUGAAUACUGACUAUUAUACUUGCUAUUAUAUGUUUCAUUUCAAACAAUUCAUGAAGUGAAUUUGUACUUUUAUCGUUAGUUUUAUGGUUAGUUAUGUCCACAAACAAUUCUUUUAGCCCAUCAUGAAUCUACGACAAACAAAACUUAACAAAUAGACAAAUCAUUUAAAUGUUUGAUAUGUUAUUCUUUGUUUCUUUAGAAAGUUACACCUUUAUGUAUUAAAAGGCAGGGUGACAACCCAGUAUAAGGUACAGAACACAGUAAUGAAAUGAUUACAACAACAUUAAAAAUCUCGAGGAGACACCAUAAUGAUGUAAAUAGAGUCACCACGUGACAUCGAGUAUCCAAUGGGACGAGUUUAUUCUGCGGUAUAUAUAAAUAUAUGUAUAUACACCUGAUAAAUUGAGAAUGUGUGACAAUGGAGGAAGUAUUUUUAGCGUACCAAACGUGUUUCAAUAUAUAUUUUGUAUAAGCUACUGUAAUUUGUAAUAUAACAUAUUUUUAUUUAUAUAUUUGAACAUAUUAUGAAUGUAUUUACUACCUUUAUGAUCUAUGAACUUUUAUAAGGAUAUAUAAAUGAAAAUUUAUUCCAGAAAUUAAAUUCUUUGAUAAUAACUAAGUAGAUAAGUAGAUAAGAAAAAAUUAUCUUACAAAUGAUCAAACAUACAAAACUAAAGGCAAUACUUAUAUGUUUUUAUAAUUCCUCAUUUAUACAUUUAAUAUGAUUUAAGACCUAAUACGUGCUAUCAUAAGGGGAAAAGACAAACGCAGAUAUACUCUGAUUAUGUAUUUUAUUAAUGAAAAACAUAAUAUCAUUAUCAGAAGACAACAUAGCUAGCCAAGUGGGUUGAAAUUCGGAAUUAUCUUUUUAGUUCAAAGGUCACUGUCAAGUUCAAUAGGUCCGCAAAUGUAUUGCCAAUGCAAAUAUCUUGUCAAAAGUUUUUUAUGCAAGUAGGUCAAAGGUUAUGGUCAAGGUCAAGGUUAGCAGGUACAAAUGGAAAGGUCUUGUCACAAGGAAUACACGUGUCAAAUAAAUUGUAUCCUCAACACACAACACUGUUUUAUAAAAAACUUUAUCCUAGCUGUCUAUAGACGCCGGCAAAGGGGGUAUAGCAAUUGUUCCCUAUGGAAUUCGUCCCGGCGAGCUAAAAUGAUCACUUGCAUUAGCAAUAGAUGAUCCAUAUACAUGUAUGUAUGUCUUUGCAUAUAUAAAUAUUUAUAAAUAAUAUACAUUUCGUCAUCAUGUCAAGUUUAAAUAUAAAAGCUACAACAUAUAUUGCAAAAUCACUAUUAAUCAAAGUAUGAAACUUAAAGAACAAUCAGAGAGUCACCUUACAAAAAAAACACAUUGUAACGAUAAAACCCAUACCAAUAUAUAUUAUCUAUUUUAUCACUGAGUAUUUAAAAAUAUAUAUAAAUAGACAUUUAAUUUCGGAAUUACCAUCGUUCAUAUUUAACUUGAUUUACGAUAAAGCUAAAUACAUCGCUUUAUGGUAUAUAAUAUGUAUUUACUAAGUAUACUACUAGCGUGUAAACUACUACAAUGUUGAAACCUGCCUGUGUAUAUCAUUUAUCACAUGCAUACUUGUACAUAGUAAUUUAGAGGAUCUUUUAGCAGUUUCCAUUAGCUGGCUUAAUAUUUAUGUAAGAGUUAAAUACUUUUUAUUUUAUUUUAUUAUUCUUUUUUUAUUUUACCAAAAAUCAUUUUAUCUAGUAAGGUUAAAUAAAAACUCUAAAUCUUAAAAUCAAAUUGAUUAUCUUGUAAGAUUCUGUUUAUCACUAAGAUAAUUUCCAAACAAUCGUGAAAUCUGCAUUUCAUUGCAUAUAUAAUAGGAAAAGGUUAUGAAAAAUACCCUGCCCGCGCUGUGGCUCGAACUAGCGACCUCUCACUCUCAAGGCAAACAAUGUACCUCUUGGCUAAAGGGAAAUCCCCGCUAGUCUGAGCUAGUCAGGCCAACGUAUACUCUCUACUUUUAAACAUUUAAAUUUUAUGGCGAUAUUUUCACUCCACAUUACUGCCUUUUAUUUAUUUCUCUUUUUCAUUGAUCUUCAAUCAAUCACAGCAGGUGACAUGCGUGUUUACACAAAUAAAACGGUAGUUUGUCAAUUAACCUUAUUUAUAUCCUCUACUAAAUCAGCAUAUACAUAUAGGUAUCUACGGUAUUCAUACCCUUCAAGACAACAGAUGUAUUUUCAUUAUUAUUUGUUGAUUUGACAAUAAAGUGCUGGAUUUUAAUUGUU